CCCUGGCUGUGGUCAUGGCCCGGCCCGCCGUCCAAGGUUAAUCCAGAGGGUCUUGACUAAGUUCGUUGAGGCGUGAAUUCUCCAGUCCUGCAAUUAAAUUCACUUAGAUAGGACCACUGCAGACAGAUAUUGAAUGUGAGGGUGGCCAAUCCUCACAGCUGUCUUAUUUCUUUAACUCAAACCCAUCGGCCCAUGUUUCGUUGUUUUGACUCCUCAAGAUGGUCCAGUAAGUAGCUAUUAUCCCACAGCCUACGGAUAGACGUCUUGCAGAUUGGUUCCCCGAAAAAGCCAAAGCCAUCUCACCCAACACUCGGUCCAUCCACUCGACUAACUUCCCCCAAAAAUGCCCAUCACGUCUUUCCCCGUUGAGUUGGUGAGCAAAAUCUGCACACACCGGGGAAUGGCCGCCUUAUACGCGCUUCGACUGACCUGUCGGUCGCUCUUCAUUACAACGGCAGAUGCCUUUCGACGUCGCGCUUUCCGCAGAAUUAGUGUCCUGCUCACCACCGACGGAAUACAACGGCUCUCAGAGCUUUCCAUGCAGGAGGGCAUCCGCGAACAUGUACAAAUCCUAAUGGUUGUCCCGGAGCUGCUUAAUGGUCACUAUAACGCCACCUACUCGGAUUUUCGGCGGUGGGAUUGUAUCCAAGGGGCUUUGGGAAGAUCCCGGAAGGAGCAGGACUCUGAACAAGUCGAUGGUAAGGCAUACAAUGCCGUCUACAAGGCUGCCAUGGCGGACCAUCGACACGCGCUGACCUCGGUGACUUCCAUCAUCCUUCUCCAAGAAUGUAUCAGGCGGUUUGUCAACUUAUCUUCCGUCAGUUUAGAAUAUUGCCCUGCCAAAGCGACUGGUGACAUCAUCUGUCUAGGCUGGCGUAGACUCAGAGCACAGUUGGGUUUUCAUCCCGACUUCAAGAGGGAGCGCUUCUCGCACAAACGGGUCGCCAGGGAGCAUGAUCUGGCUUUCACUCUCCUUGCAAAGGCUCUGAUCGCCAGUGGCCGAAAGGUGAAGAGGCUGUCGACCUGUGGCACACACUGCUAUGGGGUGGGACUUGGCAGGUUGUAUUUGACCCCCGAAGAAUGGGCAUCUUUUCUUUCCUGCUUACAGGGAUUGUCGCGCUUACACCUCUGUCAUGAGAGCUCAGCCAUUUCUUCCCACCGACAACGUCAGUGUGAUUUCUUGGCGGCGGUUGCCCCAAGUCGCGAGAUACUACGCUACCAAAUCGGACCCUACAAUUCAUCAAUCUACCGGGAACCUCGCCGUGUUCAUGGGCUUUUUCAAGGACUACCGUUUCAGCGCCUGCGAGUUGUGCGUCUGCGGCUCAUCGAACUCCCAAUAGACAGUCUAAAACAAUUCCUUCGUGCAGUAUCAUCCACUUUGCAAAUUCUAACUCUGAGAGCGAUCAGCCUGGCUGAGGCUGAUGAUCCGUCCGGUCCUCUGCCUCAAGACAUGGAGGAGACCAAGCGCCAUUGGUGGCGUCUUUUGGAGUUCAUCCGCGACGAGCUUAACCUGCAAUACCUUGCAUUACGAAAGGUGAUGUUUAGGAAAAAUCCGCUGAAAAUCGUAGAUAUGUCCCUCACUUGGGGCAGAUACGAAAACAAUGUGGGUGUCUUCCACCAUAGACGAACUGGUCUUUCGUUCCAAGACUGGAUGAACCAGCUACGUCUGAAGUAGUUGCCAGGAUUUUGGUCAGAAUAGC